AUGAUCCUGGUGGCGGUCAUGGCGGAGCUGCUGGAGGAGUACACGGCGGCGGUGGCGCGCGCCCUGGAGCGGCUGCUGUCCGCGGCGCCGCUGCGCAUCCUGCCGCGCCGCGUGCGGUUCGUCGUCCUCCGCCCCCUCCCCUUCGCCUCCCCCUCGGCGCCCGUGCCGCCGCCGCCCCCGCACGCCGUCCCCGUUCUGCUCGCGCGCUGA